AUGCGUCACAAGCUUGUGCUGGUGCUGGUAGUGCCGGCUCUCUGCUUCCUCUUUGUCGCCACGAGUCUAUACUUGGGCCGUGAUCAUUUGAGUCGCAUCUCCCACACGUAUCUCCCGUUCGAGGACCAACCGGCGCAAUCGUCGCUGAGCCCCACCAAGAUUUCGAUUACGACGACAGUUUCGGAUCCCGAACAAACGAGUGCCUCUACGCCAAGCGCGUCGAUCAUACCAACCCUCGUCCCUCCAACAAGUAACACCUCCACUCCGUCUGCGACGGCUUCACCUGCCGCGUCAAUACAAGAUGGAACCAUCCUUUCAGCCGAGCAGAUUUCUCGCUAUGUAUCAGCAAUCCUCGAUCCUACAGCAACGGAACUUCCCCGACUCGAGUGCCCUGCCCUAGAUAAAGAACGAUACAAAGUUCUUCAAGCAGUACGGGAGAAACGAGACGACCAAGAAAAUGCUUUGGACGAGCGAAUUGACUACUUCUUCGCCCUCAACUUGCGCGAAUGCGUGCACCUUCUCCCACGUCUUUUGGGCAGUGUUGUAGAAGCCAUCCGCUUCCUGGGUCCCCAUCGCUGUGCCCUUUCAAUAGUGGAAGGCAACUCACCAGAUGGAACAGGCGAUGUUCUUCUCGCUUUGCGCCCUCUGCUGAAAGACCUCGGCGUAACCUAUAUUUACAACAGGUCAAAAGUCAACCCGUCCAAGGGCGACCGUAUUCAGAAGCUGGCUGAAUUACGCAACCUGGCACUUAGACCAUUGUAUCAGCAAAAAGUCUCAGUCACGGAAGAGACCACUGUCUUGUUCAUUAACGAUGUGGCCGCCUGUCCCGAGGACCUCCUUGAGCUCGCCCUACAGCGCCGCAAUAUCGGCGCUGACAUGACUUGCGCGAUGGACUGGACUUAUGUGGGCAACGAUCCUACCUUUUAUGAUAUCUGGGUCGCCAGAGCUCUAUCUGGUGACUCAUUCUUCCGAGUUGGAGAUGAUGGCAAUUGGAACUCGGCGUGGAACCUCUUUUGGAACGCGCCAGAAACCAAGGAUCGCUACAACAGACACCUACCCUUUCAGGUCUUUGCCUGCUGGAAUGGAGCCACUGCAUUCACUGCAGCUCCUCUCCUCCACGGACUCCGCUUCCGCUCUCCUCACGGCGAUAAGGGCGAAUGUUUCCAGGGUGAGCCAGAACUAUUCUGCAAAGACCUCUGGUUCAGGGGAUAUCGCAAGAUUGCCGUGGUGCCAACGGUUAAUCUUGAAUAUUCAGACGAGCGUGGGGCAGACAUCAAAAACCUCAAGGGAUACGUGUCAGACAUGGUUGGGGAGCAGGACGAGGAGAGUAGUGAGAUUGAAUGGGUUUUGGAGCCUCCACGUGAGUUGAACAUUCCGUUCUUGCUCGGGACUUGA